AUCCUACAUUAAGCUUAAUUAUGUCUUUUAAAUUACUCUUUAUCCAUUUCUUAGUCACUUACAUGGUCCUUAAUGAAAUUUUCUUGAUGUCAUUUUCAUAUACAACAAAUACUUAUUGUCCAUCAGGUUACCCAGAGGAGGGAGUGGGAGUGGAGAAAGAAGAUAUAGACAAAAUGCAAUUUGCAGUGAACUUAGAGUUUUUAGAAGCAGAGUACUUUUUAUGGGCUUCUUAUGGAUUUGGGCUUGAUGUAGUUGCACCAAAUUUGCCUAUGUCUGGGCCACCUCCUAUUGGUGCCAGAAAAGCAAAUCUUGAUCAACUUACAAACAAUAUUAUUAUGGAGUUUGCUAAUCAAGAAGUUGGUCAUCUAAGGUCACUUAACUCGACAGUUGGUGUUUUUCCAAGACCUUUGUUAGAUCUCAGUGCUAAAAAUUUUGCAAAGAUAUUUGACGAUGCUUUUGGGCACAAAUUGGCACCUCCAUUUGAUCCAUAUAGAGACAGUAUGAGCUAUAUGUUAUCUUGCUAUGUAAUUCCAUAUGUUGGAUUGGUUGGUUAUGUUGGUACAAAUCCCAAUAUCAAUGGCUACGAAACCAAAAGGCUUUUGGCAGGAUUAUUAGGUGUUGAAUCAGGACAAGACGCGGUUAUCAGGAUGUACCUCUACGAGAGAGCAACGGAAUUGGUUCCCCCGUACCAAUACACUGUGGCUGAUUUCACGUCUCGUAUAUCAGGACUAAGAAAUAAAUUAGGUAACUGCGGAAUCAAAGAUGAAGGCAUAUACAUUCAACCACCACUCGGAGCAGAGAAUCGGACUACAAGUAACGUAUUAUCAGCAGAUUUUGGUUCACUUUCGUACAAAAGAACUCCUGCUGAGAUUCUAAGGAUCGUAUACGGUUCUGGAGAUGAACAUGUGCCUGGUGGAUUUUAUCCUAAGGGUGCUAAUGGAAAAAUUGCCAAGGAAUUUCUCAAAGAGCCAUGA